CUUAUUGAAAUAAAUAAUACGUAUUUUUUUAAUAAUUUAUGUAUAUGUGGAUUUAUAAAAGGUAACAAAUGCAUCUCGGUGACUAUAAAAAUAGAAAUAUGAUCGGUGGAAUAAAAGCAGCGCAAAAAGUGUUGUUCGUUUAUUCGUCAUUCACUUGCAUUUACUUUCCAGGAAUAUUAACUUUAUUACAAACAAGUGGCAAUUUAUAUAAUGUUGGCUCUUACAAGUUUAUUCCCACAUUAUUGAUAUUGAUGUUUGCAGAGGUGAUUAAAGUAAUGUUCUCUUUGUUACAAACAGAACCGAUACUAAUCACCAAGAUAGAAACUAAGACUUCGAAAGCUAAAAAAUCUUGGACCAAAUAUAUCAAGGAAGGUUUUAAAUUUGUUAUCAUAAGUAUUAUAUUAUCUAUUAUUUAUUAUUUUAUCAUUGUUAUAUUUGGUGCACCAAUUUUUAGUCAACACGAGGAAACAACCAUGCUCACUAUAAUAUUAACGUGCUUAACAUUUGUUCCUGCUAGUUUACAUUUAGGAGUAGAUACAGCGGUCAGCAUUUUAACAGGAACAGAAAUAAUAAAGCACAAUGAACUAAUAGAUGCUGCUAAAAUAGUUGUGAAAACUACUCUUUUAGGUUCAUGGUUAGGUGCUAUUGUAAUUCCAUUAGAUUGGGAUAGACCAUGGCAAGUAUGGCCUAUUCCUUGUGUAAUAGGUGCUCUUCUUGGUUACACAAUUGCACAUUUUAUCAUACUUUUUAAGACCCUGCGUACGUUGAAAGAAAAUAAACAAUUUUAGUUAAUUUAGUAUCAUUAUCCAUUUAGAAAAAAAUCUCUGCACUUUAAACUCUAAACAUUAGGUACAUUUACAUUUGUUAUGUAACAAGCGUAAACGUACUUGUAUGUAAAUAUUAUUAUAUAAGUUGCAUUUAUAUUAAUUAUGUAAGUUAUCAUAUAAUCCUGCAACUGCUCUUGUAAUAUAAUUAUUUAAUACAAUCAGUCAUCUAACAAGAUCCUUCAUGUACUUGAUUAUUUUACUAUACAUGUUAACAUGUACUUAUUAUGUAAUAAUCAUUACACAAAGAACAGGAAAAUAGGGUGAAUGAAGAAAAACAAACUAUAGCAUUAUGUUUAACUGAUUUUUAUUGGUGAAAAAGCUUCCGUUAACCGACUGAUUACAUUCACUUUAUACAACAAAUACGUAGUACCGUAACGUUAAUUACGGUUUUGACGGGUGUUAAGUGUUCGGCACGUAUCAAUGAAUAUCAUAGAUAUUACACGAUUUAAACGUGUGAGUAAAGAACGAAAUGUAUUUUCCUUCUUAUGGGGUGUAUAUGUAAGUAUGUAUGAUUAUUGUGUGUGUCUGUUUAUAUAUAUGUAAGUAUGUAUGUGUAUAUCCAUCUUGUCAGUCGCGCGUGUAUGGGUGGGUGCUUACAUACGUGCAUGCACGAGAAGAAAUAUUCUUACCAAAAAACGAAAUAAUGCUAUGAGAAAGACGAUUUACCGAUCGUCCAACUUGGAUAUAAUUAUAAUUAUUAUUAUUAUUUUAUUAUUAUUAUUAUAAUUAUUAUUAUUAGUAUUAGUAUUAUUAUUAUUAUUAUUAUUAUUAUUAUUAUUUUAUUUUUUUUCUCUCUUUGACUAUCGUCUACUAUAAGACUACCAUUGUCUUUUCAUUGUUGUAUAAUUAAUGAAUUAAUUAAUUAAAGUUUAAGUCGGAUCGAUCGGGACAAUCCACGUAAGAACGAACGGACCAUAAUAAGAAAAGCGAGGGUUUUUUUUUUUUUUUUUAAUUAACGCGCAUUUAUGCGAGCGUGUGCAGACGAUUACAUUAGAGAUCUAUGUAUGUAUUUAUGUAUUUUAUGUAUGUAUGUAAAGUAUGUAUGUAUUUACACACGGCUACUAAAUAUAUCCGACAACGGGAUUCGCAAAAUAAUUGUCAAAAAAUGAAGCACUUUGACCGCAAACGCGAUUAUGCUGCUGCUGCUGCCGUUGCUGUUGCUGCUGCUGCUGCAUGUCUAUCGGAUUACGCAUUAACUUAUUGUUCUUAUUUUUAAUUUAUUUAUUUUUCUAUUUUUUUUUUAAUUGUUAUUAUUUUCCCCCCUUUUUUUGUUCUUUUGUUGUUUAUUUGUUCAUUUUAAAUUAUCAGAAAUACUCGAGACAUAUCGCGUAUUCCUGUAAUUGGUGACAACUGUUUUAAAAAAUGGUAUAUAUUUAUAUAUAAUCUCAUAAAAUUGUCUUCUGUUGUUCUGUUUCUUCUUCUUUUUUCUUUUCUUUCUUUCCUUUACCCUUUCUUUCAAUCGUGUAAUUUCAUAAUUGACUAAAUUUUAUGUUAAUAUCGUAUUUUCUAGAACGAGAUUUGUGCGUACACCAAUCCCUUUUUAUAAAUGCACGUAAAUUUACGCACGCAGUUUCUAUUUCAUAUAUAUAUUUA